GUUGGGUCAAAGGUUGUAGGUGACCGUCGACUCGACAAGACCCGGACAAAACCAGUCCAAAUCUUAACACAUUUUUGCUGUUUACUUCAUUUUUUUGACCGAAAUCACUCCAAUAUGGAUGAAGAAUAUGAUGCAAUAAUUCUAGGAACAGGCCUGAAGGAAUGUGUGCUGAGUGGCAUGUUAUCUGUAAGUGGCAAGAAGGUACUGCACAUGGACAGACAAAAGUACUACGGAGGAGCCAGUGCAUCUAUGUCACCUCUGUCUGAGCUGUUUAGCAAAUUUGAUAGGCCCGAACCAGGAGACAAAUAUGGUAGACAAAGAGACUGGAAUGUUGAUCUAAUCCCCAAAAUCUUGAUGGCUUCAGGUCAGCUGGUGAAGUUGUUAAUUCAUUCUGGAGUUACCCGAUAUCUAGAGUUCAAGCAGAUAGAAGGCAGUUAUGUGUACAAAGGGGGAAAGAUCUUUAAAGUUCCAGCCAAUGAAAAGGAGGCAUUAUCAUCAUCCCUGAUGGGAAUCUUUGAAAAACGCCGCUUCAAGAGUUUCCUCAACUAUGUGGUUGACUUUGAAGAGGAAAACCCUAGUACCUUUAAAGGAGUAGAUCCGGAUAAAACCACUAUGACUGAGCUAUAUAAAAAGUAUGGUUUGGAUGAAAACACACAAGGUUUUGUAGGACAUGCGAUGGCUCUCCACCGUGACGAUGAAUACAUUAAACGGCCUUGCAAGGAGACAAUAUUGAGAAUCAAGUUGUAUAUUGAUUCUCUUGCUAGAUAUGGCAAAUCUCCAUAUAUAUAUCCUCUGUAUGGAUUGGGAGAACUCCCUCAGGGUUUUGCCAGACUUUCAGCCAUCUAUGGAGGUACAUACAUGUUGGACAAACCAAUAGAGGAGAUCGUGAUAGAAGAGGGUAAAGUCGUUGGCGUCAAAUCUCAAGGAGAAACAGCUAAAUGUAAGAUGGUGAUAGGCGACCCUUCCUAUUUCCCUGACAGGGUUGAGAAGAGGGGCCAAGUAGUGAGAGCCAUUUGUCUGCUCAACCAUAGCAUCAGUGAAAUACAGGCAGUGAGUUCAGGGCAAAUCAUCAUCCCACAGAACCAAGUUGGGCGAAAAUCAGACAUCUAUGUACUGGUGCUCUCCAAAACUCACAACGUUGCAACCGAGAAUUGGUAUAUUGCUCUCGUAGCUACCACAGUGGAGACUUCUAACCCAGAAGCAGAACUGGAACCAGGUCUUAAACUUCUUGGCCCUAUCGCAGAGAAGUUUGUAUCAGUAGACGAUCAGACGGUCCCUAAAGAAACAGGAGAAGAGAGCCAGAUUUUCGUCACCAAUUCCUACGAUGCUACUACUCACUUUGAGACAACCUGUGAUGACAUCCUGAACGUAUACCGCAGAAUCACGGGAGAAGACUUUGAUUUUAGCAAAAUAAAUCAAGAUAUUGAAACAGCGGACUAAAAGAGAGUGAGAAGUUCUGUGUUAGUGUUGGUGGAAUGCCUUCUCUGUCACCAUUAUCCAAUCAAAAAUGAUUCAAAUCACUUUAUUGGUAGCUCUGUGAGAUCCAUCUCUACACCAGCUUCAUUUAAGAGCUUGGUGCCAUGCUGAUUUAAAGGAUUGGCCAAACACCAACACCAAAAGAUCAACACCGAACUUGAUUUCACGCAAUUAUGUAUUUCAGCUACCCUUCCCUCCCAUACUAUUACAUAGAUUCAUGCCACUUCAUAUCCGGGUAACUGUAUCUAGCAUUAAUUGUAUAUAUUAUUUGUUAUGAAUGUACAAUUGUGUGGUCAUAAAUAUAUUGGGUUAGUUCUUGGUAGUUAGUGAGAAUUGGAUGAAGAAGGGUAAUAUAGCCUCACAAUUUUAUCAUGAAGGAAUACAAAACAUUGUAUACAUACCAGAAGUUUGAUGAUAGGCUGGUUAGUUGUGUUACUGAUCAAUUUGUUAACCCUGAAGAAAAUUGCAGAGAACAGAUGUACACCAUCUAACUUUACUCAUCUCUCUGUAACAUUAUUAUACCUUUAUGCAGGUACAACAUAGUAUGAUGAAAUAUACAACACAUAUUCAUACAACUGAAGUAUGAUGACAGAAAUUAAUAGAAAGAAAAGAAUUUUUUGUAAUGGUUGAAUGAAAAGCGAAUGUCCUGGUCUUCAAGUGGCAUGGAGAUUUAUUGUAUUUGAUGAAUUUAAGUUUUUGGAAAUGUUUGUUAUCUGCAAUAUGGUUAGAAAAAAAGUAUGUAUUUGUUCAUGAUACAUCUUUCUUUUUACCUGAAAGAAUGUUUUUGUGUUGAAGUAUAAAGAAAAUACCUGAACUUUUCUUUUUUCUAUUUCAUUGUAUGUGUAGCCCUUCUGUUAACACUGUAUUUUUAUGUAUAAUCUCCUAUAAAAUAACAGACACAUUUAUAUAAGUAUAGAACAAAAUUAUUUAAUAAAAGAAUACCAGCAUGCAAAAGGAUUUUCAUUGUUUUAUGUGGCAGUCUGAUCGAAGAGAUCUGACUCUAAUUGAGAUAUUGCAGUCUUUUAUUAUUAUCCAGAUAUGAACACAUGCCUAUUUCAUAUUUGACAGGUUUAACACUGAUUAUUAUUUUUUUCCUCUUAAAAAGGUCUUAGAUUUCAGCAAUAAAAUGGUAUAGAAUUACUUGUACCAAUAUUUUAAUUAUUAUAUUUUGUAAACCAAAUGGAGACAUACACUUAUCCAGCAACUCUUACAAUGUUAAUGAAGUCUUGUUUCAUGUACAACUGUGCUGUAAUUCACACUUAUUUGAUGUACAGUUUCCUGUGGUUUCAUUAAAUACAAAAUGAAUAGUGGUGGAUAGUACAAUGCAAACUAUUUCUAUGAUUUAUCAGAUUAUUCUAAUAUAGUAGAUUGCAUGACUUUUUGGGUGGAAAAAAUGUCAUUUGUUUUUCUAUGAUAGGCCAAGUUGUAUUUACCAGUUACCACCAGCAGAUAUACUAAAGAAAAAAAAUGUGAGAUUUCGAGGAAGUAAAUUAGUGAAAAAGUACUAUAGAUUUUGUGUGGAUAUAGAUAAUAUGGUAAGUUAUGUUUAUUACAGAUCUCUAUUUCAUUAUAUCUGCAGCUCACUUUCGGUCCGCAAUUUCUGUAGCACCCCUAAAAUAAUGAUGGUAAAUUGGCAAGAUUUAUUAAUACAUACAUGUACUUGGGAGAGAAUCAGAUGUGCUGAUCCCCUUUGAUUUUACAUGUAAUCACUCCAUGAUAAUCAAACUACUUUAUGGUUAGAAAUAGAAUUUGUUUAAAUUUUACAUCUUUAUAAAACAAAUAAUGACAUCAAUUAUUGAUACCUACAUGUACACAGGAAAGAAUCAGAUGUGUUGAUCACCUUUCAUUAUAAUUGCUCCCUGGUAAUCAUACUACCUUAUGCUUAGUAAUAGAAUUUGUAAGAAAUUUAUGUGCAUGCACAGCUUUAUAUUGAUCAGUAACAUCAAUUUUUCCACAAGUGCAUCUAUUGUUAUGCAUGUCUUGUAAGUAGAAUUUUGUAAAGUAAAUAUAUCUUUAUUAUAUUACUGAAGAAAAGGCAAAUUAUUUUCAAGCUGAAGAUGAAAAAUAACAUUCCCUCCCCCCCAAAAAAAAAAAAACCUGAUACAACAACUUAAGCUUUCCUGAGCAUACUGCAGUAUAAAUUUAUUAGAGGUCUGUUUGUGGAUAGUCGGGUAUUAAAAAAUAAAAGUUUACAUGGAAAAAGUCAUUGCAUAUCAGUGGAAGUGGAUUAGAGAUCCUACGUGAUUCAUAAAUACAUAGUCCUGUUAAAAAUAACGAAAGUACUGGCAGA